CUGGAGGUCGCAAUUACCAAGGAGCAGCUGGGCGCGAAGGACUGGGGGCAACCUGGGACUUGGAAGAGGGUGAGCAGCGAGGAGAUCGUGAUGGCAUUCUUUUCGAAAGUCUCAGACGAUAUAAAAGAGGGUAAAUCAGAGGAUCAUCUCCAAAAGUGGCUUUACCACAUCCUGACUGCACCGUUCACUUUCUUUGUGGUAGACGGAGACCUGCAGUGGUUCGCGGAGCAGCGGCGAGAGAACAACAGAGCCACGACAACAUUGGCCAGAACCACGGUCCAGCGCAUUUAUGAUGCGAACCAGCGUCGCCAGUCGUUGCCACAGGGCAAGAACACAGCGAAGGACGUGUUCGAACUAUUCCAGGCCAACUUGAAGACCAGCUCGACGAGCGAGCCCGUCUCGCAGACGUUCGUCGAUCGUGCUUUCGUUAUUUGGGAUCGGGGCCUCAGCAGGCAGGCGGUUUCAGAAGCAGUACUGGCGCAAGAAUGCUUGCGGGAUGAAUCUAUGUUCCACCACAUUAGCAAACUGUGCACCAUCAUCACCAAAGCGAGGACCGAGGCGAACGUAGAUUUCUGCUUCAACCUGUGCAACGACUACUACAAGGCUCAGCCCCCAAGGGCAGCUGAGCAGACAGUAGACACUGACGGUGAUGGUACAGUGGUCGGUGGUGACGGUGGUGCCGGGGAUGGUAGUAUCGCUGCGUUCAAUGCACUGAUCCAUUGCACCGCCACCACCGCCGACCACUGCACCAUCGCUGUCGGCGUCCACUGCGACCCUCCUCAGGAGGUGGUCUACCGCGCCACGUAUGACCAUGUGUUGCGCUCCGCCGUGGCCGGGUCUAAGAGCCCAGAAGAUGCAGCUGAUACUGGCGACAUUGCCGCGGCGAUCAAGCAGAUCGACGACGCCCUCUCUCACGAGGAGACCGCCGCUAAGCCGAAGGAGCAGGUGGAGCAAGAGCAGAUGCAGAAGCUGGCCGAAGAGGAACUCAACAAGCGGACGGAGCAAGAGAAGUGCCUCACAGCCGCGAAGGUGAUGAUCGAGCGCGCGAAGGCUGCUGGCAACAAGGAUCUCGACAAGGAGGCAGAGGACUAUAUCAGAGACACGGAGAUCGACUGCCGCCGGUUCAUCGAUUCGAACGUCCAGCUGUUCGUGACACCUGGAUCCGUCAAGAAAGUCGCCGAGGCAAUCGCGGGCAGCGCUGCGGGCAAGAUCACUCUUCCAAGCCCGAAGUUCCGAGGCAUCGUGUUCGACCCAGCGCUCCACGGCGAGGCGAUUGCCUACCCGAACGUCCGGGCGCCGCCAGUCAACGCACCAAUCCUGAAGACGCUUAUCAAUGGAAAUAUGGUGUCGCAUGGCGAGGAGUACAAAAACUUGCUGCACCCACGGGACAUGUACUUCUUCUUCGACAACAUCAUUCCGUACAACCAGCAGCAGGUCAUGAAGGCCAUCACCGACUCUGAGGGCAACGCGAUCGAGGAGAAGUUUACGAAGCGGAUCUACGUGAGCGUGGAUGAGGACAGUCUCCGCAAGCGAAAGGGGUGCCUUCGCCCUGGUGUCACAUUCGAACAAGUGGAGAUCAUGCAAAUUGUCACCAGCGAGGACUUCGCAACGACGUUGCCCAUGAAGCCGAGGAAGAACUUCAGCGGCAGCAAUUUAGGCAACAAAAUUGGUGAUAUCAUGCUCCCUGAUGUUGAGAGUUUAUGGUCCUUGACGUGUAAGACCAAGAUUGAGCUGAUGGGAAAAUACCGCGUGGCGGUUGGUGGCAAAACGCCUGACCAUGAGGGCAAGAGGAAAGUCACUGCAGACACCGUCGAACCAGUAUUUUGGCACUCACGUGCCCAGUCUUUGCUGAAGGAGCUCAUCGAGUCCUACAACCUGGGGAGCAUCGUGGAUUUCACGACCGCAGACGGUACCAUGGCACUGCUGUGCCUCCAGCUUCGCAUUCCCUACUGCGGCUUCGUCCUGACAGAGAAGCACUUGACGCUGCUGAAGGAGCGCCUCGUCACCGCGAUGAUGGAGGGCGCGUGCACCGAGACCGAG